GAGGAAACUAGAAGCAGCAGCAGCAGCAGCAGAGGUCCUUAGAAAAUGAAACAAGCUGGGCAACAACUUCAACUUGGGUACCAGGAUUUCGAGCCGACGGCAGAUUGGUUGAGAAAUGAUGCUGAAUCUCACACCUUCCUCCUCUACCUUCCUGGUUUCAGGAAGGAGCAACUGAAGGUUCAGGUGACAUCAGCUGGAAACCUGAGGAUAAGUGGAGAAGGUCCCAUUGUUGGCGACAAUAGAAUCAGCCGGUUCAGACAUGAAGUCUCCAUCUCAUCAUCAUUGUAUGACAUUGAUGGGAUCACUGCAAAGUUCGAAGGUGGCGUGCUUCGGAUCAAACUCCCCAAGAAGCAGCAGCCACAGGAAUCUGAGCCUCUGAAGAAGGCAGACGAACAAGUGCCACAGAAAGAUCAAACAGAUUCAGAAUCGAAUCUGGAGAAACCUAAUCCGCCUACUGAUCCAAAAGUUUCAGCAACGGAUGGCCCUGGAAAUGGCACUUUGAAUGAUCACAAGACUACUCCUCAGGAUGCUGAAGCUGUGAAGCAGGAAACAGCAACUGAAGUUUCUUCCCCUGGUGUAGUGCUGAAUUACAGGGAGUUCUUUGAUGGGAUUGUGACGAAGUUGAAGAUGAUCAAGAGGAGCGAAUCGGCAGGCAUUGUCAUGGCAGCAGGAUUGAUGGGUCUGGUAGUGGGAUUUUGCCUGGAAAAGGCAGUCAGGUCGUUCCAGGGCGGAACAGGGGAUGUAGCUUCAUGAAGAAUGCUUAAACAGUACCAAUUUGGUUUGUCAAGAAAUGAAUUUGAAAAUGGUGCAUGUUUGUGCAGAUGCUGA